AUGAACUUGCCUAAUAUUCCAACAACUGGCACCUCCAAGGUCAUCGUGACAAGGUGCUACCCUUCGCCGACGCCCCACCCCAACGGCAGGGGCGCGUUCCACCGCAGUCUCCUCUCGCUCCUCGACGACCUCCCCUCCGCCGCCGCGCCGACGGGCUUCGCCUCCAAGCGGACCGGCCGCGCGUUCGCCCGCGGUCUCUGCUUCGGCGACCCCGCGCCCGGCCCGUGCCUCCACUGCCUGUCCGACGCCGGCGCGAAGAUCGCCGACCAGUGCGGCAACGCGAGCCGGCGCGCGGGCUUCCUGAACGACGGCUGCUUCCUGGGCUACGCCGACACCAACGUUUCCUCCGACGGCAUCGACAUCGGUGCCCUCACCAUCUCCGACGACUCCGUCCCGGGCAUCCACGCCAUCGACGUGCUGUACUUCUUGGGCGUGGCGCUGCCCCUGGUCCGGCAGUCCGCGAACGGCCGGGUGCCCGCCGCCGACGCGACUGCCACGGCGAGCAACGGCGACACCGCGCGCGUGCUGGCACAGUGCGCGACGGACCGCGCCCCAGCGGAGUGUGACCUGUGCCUGAGUGAUGCGGUGCUGCAGAUGACUACGAGCUGGGGGCUCACCGCCGACGGCGUGCAAGGAAGCGUGGCCGCGGUUCUGGGCCCAGACUGCUACCUCCGUGUCGAGAUAUCAGCACCGCCGCUGAGAGAGAAGAUUCGGAGGAUCGUAAAGGAUCACAUCUUCCUGACUGUGUUCAUUGGCUUCAUCGUCCUCGGAGCUAUCCUCGCGCUGGUAGCUCAUCUCUGCAGCCUGGCGAUGAGAAAGGCCGGGAAUUGAUGCAGCAGCAGCACCACCAGCGGCGGAAGGGAAGGGAAGCCAUGAUCUUACCGGGAGAAGAAAGAAGCAGACUGAAUAAAAGCAAGCAGGACAUGAGGGCGCUGGAGGAAGUUGGUCCGGCUAGCCAGCCAGCGCCAUUUUACUACUAUUGUUAAUCUAGUUAUGUUGAUCUGUCCUAUGCAUUUGGAUGCUUGGUACUCCAUUUUACUACUGCUCUGUUCCGUGAUCUUCCACUAAUCUUCUUCGUGAUUGUGGCGCGGACUUAUGCGUUUGGCGCGGACUUAUGUGUGGAAAAAGAAUGCCGAUCUUUUUAAGAUCUUUAGCA